CGGAAGCGCGCGUCCUUCCUCACCGCCCCUUCCGGCUCACUUCCGCCUACCCCGCCCGGGCUGCCAGGCCGGAAGCCCAGCGCUCUAACCCGUUCCUGCUCUUCAUCUGGGUUGAAACUCGGGGGCCGCCAAGAUGCCGGCUUACCACUCUUCUCUCAUGGACCCCGACACCAAGCUGAUUGGAAACAUGGCACUGUUGCCUAUCAGAAGUCAGUUCAAAGGACCCGCCCCUAGAGAGACAAAAGAUACAGAUAUUGUGGAUGAAGCUAUCUAUUACUUCAAGGCCAAUGUCUUCUUCAAAAACUAUGAAAUUAAGAAUGAAGCUGAUAGGACCUUGAUAUAUAUAACUCUCUACAUUUCUGAGUGUCUGAAGAAACUCCAAAAGUGCAAUUCCAAAAGCCAAGGCGAGAAAGAAAUGUAUACGUUGGGAAUCACUAAUUUUCCCAUCCCUGGAGAGCCUGGUUUUCCACUUAACGCAAUUUAUGCCAAACCUGCAAAUAAACAGGAAGAUGAAGUGAUGAGGGCCUAUUUACAGCAGCUAAGGCAAGAGACUGGGCUGAGACUGUGUGAGAAAGUUUUUGACCCUCAGAAUGAUAAACCUAGCAAGUGGUGGACUUGCUUUGUGAAGAGACAAUUCAUGAACAAGAGUCUUUCAGGACCUGGACAGUAAAGGGAGCCUGGGCAGACGCUGUUUCCGCAGCCAUGGGCAGCAUUUUACAGCAAGACGCACACAGUUCUUUGCCUUUAUUUCAUAAAGUUUUAUACAGAAGAGAGAAGAGAGCAUGUCUUUACUUGAAAAGCUCUUUAUCGAGAAUUUGGGUGAGGGGGGGAGAAUGAGUUCUCGAAGGGUGAUUUGAAGUGUUCUGCAGUAGUAAGCAGUGCUUAAGUAAGAAUAAAGAAAUUUCUAACAUUU